AAAUCGGUAAGGCGAAACAGUUUGAAAUCAAAACAGAUGCUUUUUUAGAUCAACUUGAUUUUGCUGACUAUGAUGGUUAAACGCUGCUGAUUUAGAGUUAAUUGUUUAAAAUUGAAAUUUAUAAGUUAAGUUGAAGCAGCUGCAAUCAGCCUUAAGCUGGACCAGGGAAAGUGGCUUUGCUAGGAUCUUUAGGAACCCUUCGCCUGACUUACCACUUGCUCAUGCCUUUUUUGAUCCAACCCAUAAUAAAAAAUUUGCAAUAAUAAAUUGAGAGAUUGUCCCUAGGUGUUUGUUUAUGUUUUUUUGUGCAUUUUUUCAACAAUUCAUUUGAUCGUUUUCACUUGUUUUUCAUUUAAUUUGUUCAAUCUUUUUUGACAAUUAGUCAAAUAACACAAUGGCCACCGUUUCUAUCAAUGAGACUUUCAAAUAAUGCUUUUUUCUUAUUGGAUCAUUCCUGCAAUAAACAAUCAACAAUUUUUAGAAAAUUGCUAACAUGACUUUUUUGAAAAGCCCAUUAAUCCAUCCAAGUACAUUAGGAGCUUCUGUUAGACGUAAAUUUCCUGUAAGACGAUCAUGGAUUCAACGAAUAAUUUUUAUCAGACAUGGACUUUUGAUAUCAAUCUCUAUCACAAUCAUCAUUAUUCUGAUAUUGACCUAUCGCUUAUCCUUAGGUUCAUCAUCUUACAAUCUAGUCAGAUUUCCACCUCAAGUAACUUUUCGUUGCCAAUCCAAUUACAAUUAUGAAAUCAGAUCUCGAUUCUAUUCGCCUCAACAAUCAUUCAACCCUUACAUCAAUCAAACCAAACUAGAUCUGGACUCAAAAGUUCUGCUUUUUGUAGAGAGUCGAUAUUCCCAUCUUGGUAAAAUGCUGAUAGAGACUUUGGAGGCAACACGGAUAAAGUUCAAGUUUGAAACAUUGGUCAAGAGUUUGCCUGUUUUAACCAAUUCAGAUAAAGGAAAAUUUGCUGUGAUUAUAUUUGAAAACAUCGAAAAAUAUCUACAUAUGGAUAAAUGGAAUCGUGAAAUUUUAGAUAAAUAUUGUAGAGAAUAUAAGGCUGGAAUUGUUGGUUUCAUUCCAAAUAAGGAAGGAACCAUCCCAAAUCAAGAAAUUACCGGUUUUCCAAUUACAAUCGACUACAAUAUGCUUAUACGUGAUUUUAAAGUGGAUGAAGAAUCGACUAUAUUGCGUCUAACUAAGCCCGGUUAUCUUAAUCCAGGUCCAAUGCUACACCAUAAAGUUAAUGUUUUCCAUUCUAACCAUUCCAGUUACCGACCAGUAACAAAAGCUUAUCUAUUUAAUCCAGAAACUUAUAAUAUUAAAAACAGAACACACAGAUAUUCAGUUUCAAGUGAAGAAGAAUCAACAUCAGUGGAAAAUGAAAAAUUUGAAAUAUUUUCUACUUAUGAAGAAACUGUUUCCACUGUUCUUCAGGACAAAGGAUUAUUUGAUGGCAUUCAAAGGGUUAUUUUUUCAUCUGGCUUCGAUCAUUGGAUAAAUCGUUUACUUUUCAUUGAUUCUCUAUCUUAUUUAUCUCAUGGUAAAUUGAGCCGUCCACUAGAUCGUUAUAUCUUGAUUGAUAUUGAUGAUAUAUUUGUUGGUGAAGUUGGAACUCGUGUAAAACCUAAUGAUGUUCGAGCAAUACUUGAAGCACAAUCACGUUUACAGACAAUCAUUCCUGGAUUCAAGUUUAACCUUGGCUUUUCUGGAAAAUAUUAUCAUCGCGGAAAUCAAGAAGAAGAUGAAGGAGAUGACAUGUUAAUUGCCAAUGCUCACGAAUUUUGGUGGUUUUGUCAUAUGUGGGGACAUUCACAGCCCCAUUUAACAGAAAACAUCACUGCCCUAGAAAUACGAAUGAGAAUGAACAAAGACUUUGCCCAUUCUAAUAAUAUUCCUAUUGAUUCAGGCUACUCAGUGGCUCCUCACCAUUCUGGAGUUUAUCCAGUUCAUGAACCUCUCUAUGAGGCAUGGAAGCUGGUUUGGAAUGUGAGAGCUACAUCAACGGAAGAAUAUCCUCAUUUACGUCCAGCACAGUUACGAAGAGGUUUCAUUCAUCGAGGAAUUAUGGUUUUACCACGACAAACUUGUGGUCUUUAUACACACACCAUUUUCAUUGAUAAAUAUCCUGGAGGUAGAUCGAAAUUAGAUGCUAGCAUUUUUGGUGGAGAAUUAUUCUACCUUUUCAUUUAUAAUCCUAUUAAUGUCUUCAUGACUCACAUGUCCAAUUAUGGUAAUGACCGUCUAGCACUUUAUACAUUCGAGUCUGUUAUCAAUUUCGUUAAGUGUUGGACAAACAUUCAGCUAUCAACAAUUCCUCCAGUUGAAUUAGCUAAUAAGUAUUUCCAAAUGCAUCCUGAGGAAUCUGAUCCCAUCUGGAUGAAUCCAUGUAAAGAUAAACGACACUUUUCUCUUUGGUCCUCAAAUAAGUCCUGUUCUCAACUGCCUGAUUUCCUUAUUAUUGGUCCUCAAAAAACUGGUACAACUGCUUUGUACACUUUUCUAACGAUGCAUCCAUCCAUUCGAAGUAGUAGCCAAAGCCCUGAAACAUUCGAAGAGGUACAAUUUUUCAGUGGUAAAAAUUAUUUCAAAGGAUUGGAUUGGUACAUGAACUUUUACCCACCUCGAGUGAAAAACUCAACCUCGCAACUAUUAUUCUUUGAGAAAAGUGCCACUUAUUUCGAUGGUGAUCUAGUUCCAAUGAGAGCUCAUUCUCUUUUACCUGAUGCCAAAAUCAUUGCCAUUUUGAUAAACCCAGUGAGACGCGCUUAUUCCUGGUAUCAGCACGCUCGAUCUCACCAUGACCCUGUCGCUUUAAAUUAUUCGUUCUAUGAAGUAAUAACGGCAGAUGAAAAGGCUCCAAAACAUUUACGUAGUUUACGAAAUAGAUGCCUCAAUCCUGGUUGUUAUGCUACCUAUUUGGAAAAAUGGAUUAACUUUUACACUCCUAGCAAGUUAUUUAUCAUUGAUGGAGAAGAGUUGAAAUUUGAUCCUGUUUCCGUUGUUAGUCGUGUUCAAAGUUUUCUAGAAGUUGAACCUUUUAUUGAUUAUCAAGAUCUCAUCCGAUUUGAUCCGAAGAAAGGUUACUAUUGUCAAGUAAUAAAAAAUAAUGGAACCAAGUGCCUUGGACGUGGUAAAGGACGCAUUUAUCCACCUCUUGACUCUAAAUCUGAAAAAUUUUUACGCACUUAUUACUUACCUUACAAUGUUGCUUUGUCCAAGCUUCUUACUCGUAUUCAUAAAAACCUACCUCGAUGGUUAGAGGAUGAAUUAACAACCAGCUAAUUUAAACUACAUAUAGAAACUUCCGAUUCCUCUGUGAAUAAUGUUAAUAAUUGUAUAAAAAGUUGAUGCUACAUUUGACUAUGUUAAUUUAAGCCUAACUUGUUUGAAUAUUCAUUAAACAAAUGUUUUUUAUUAAUUAGAAA